UCCUCCAUGUUCCUUUAGUCCAGAUUCAUUCAGUGUUUCUGUCAUUUGGGUCCUCAGGUCCUUUUGUCCUGCAGGUUUUAUGUUCCCCUUCUGUCACAGAGCUGAACUGAAUCAGUGGCUGAUGAUCAGGCUACUGCCUGAUUCUGCUGCAGAGGAGCUUCUGCAGUCAUUAGAACCAGCUGUUGUGGACAGAGACACUAAAUGUCCAACAUGCUGGUCAGGAGGCCUGAGCAGCAGAAACACUGCUUUGGUCUAUUAGAGUGGAAGAAAAGUGAAGUUUGUGAAGGAACCAUGAGUGAUGAAAGUGUCAGUAACCUGCAGCCCCUCCUCUCUCAGUGUCUCCAUAGAGCAGCAGACGGACUAGCAGCAGGAAGAAGGCGGGCUCAGCUUCAGCUUCUCAGCUUCAGUGAAACAUCGUCAGGUCAGAUCACUGAGAAGAACAAUGGAAGGCACAUCUCACUGUCUGAUCUUUCUGAUCUUCUUGCUGAGCUGCUCAACAGAUCCAGUCCUCCCAGUUCGUCUGACUGUGAGUCCCAGCAGAUCUCAGUUCUAUCAAUAUGAACCUGUGACUCUGAUAUGUGAGGAUGGAUGGACUGUGAGGAGAAACACAAGCACAGACACCAGGAAACAAUGUGGAGAUGAUGGAUUUGGUAGUUCAGCUGGUUCUACCUGCACCAUCAAAACCUUGUAUCCAUCAGACACUGGUCUGUACUGGUGUGAGUCCAUCAAUGGAUCCUCCAGCAGCAGCAGCAGCAUCCAGCUCUCUGUCUCUGGUGGAUCAGUGAUCCUGCAGAGUCCUGUCCUCCCUGUGAUGGAGGGAGAUGACGUCACUCUGAGCUGCAGAGCAAGGAAUCCAACCCACAACCUCCCAGCUGCUUUCUAUAAAGAUGGCUCCUUCAUUGGUGAUGAAACUACUGGCAACAAGAUUCUCAACUCAGUGAAGAAAUCUGAUGAAGGCCUCUAUAAAUGUAAUGUCAAAGGUCAUGGAGAGUCUCCAUCCAGCAGGAUCUCUGUCAAAGAGAAACCUCCAACCACCUCUCCACCCUCCACCACCUCUCCACCUUCCUCCUCCUCCUCUUCCUCAGAGAAACUCACCAACAUCUCUGACUCUACAGUCACACCUGGUCCAGGUUCUUCCUCCAUCCUUCUCAUUGGUGGAUCUGUUAGUGGUUUGGUUUUCCUGGUGUUGCUGGUUGUUCUGGUUUUACUGGUGAAACGACUUCAUAACAAACCUAAAGGUGAUGAAGGAGGAAGAGGAGAGGAUGACAUCACUUCCAGAAACAUCAGGAUGUUCCAGAGGAGACAGAAGAAAAGCAAACCAGGAACAGGAAAUGGCAGUGAAGCAGCUGCAGUUUAUUCAGCAGUAAAAACAGGAGAAGUGACUUAUGGAGAGAUAAUCAUCAACGAGAAGAAGAAGAAACCGAAGGCCAGAGGCAGUGAAGCAGCUGGAGUUUAUUCAGCAGUAAAAACAGGAGAUGGGACUCAUGGAGAGAGAGUCAUCAACCAGAAGAAGAAGAAGAAGCAGAGGUCAAAGGCCAGAGAGAAUCAACCAGACCCAAAUCUUCUCUACUCCUCAGUGAGGUCGCCCAGAGUUGACCUCUGACCUCCAGCAGCUGUUAGCUUCUCAUCGCUGAGUCAGAUCUACUGGGAUUUAGCUGGACUGGUUUCCAGUAGCAGCCCAGGAAACCAGUAGCAUGAGCUAAGUGUUGCAUUCAGAGACUGGGCUAGCGGCUAACAGCAGCCCAAGCUAACAACAAGCUAACAACAAGCUAACAACAAGCUAAUUCUUUGCUUUUUAUGUAUUUUAACUGAGCAGCAACAUGUUGACCAGCAGAGGAAAUAAAACAUUUAAUUCCAGCAGCUGUUACUGUGCGGCGGCCAUGUUGGAUUUUAAGCUCUGGGUUUAAAUGUUUGAAUGUUUUUAAUCUGGAAAUUUAAAGUUUCAGAUUAGCUUCAUGCUAAUUUAGCUUCUGAAGAUGGAAAGGAUUUUAUUUUAAACUUUACAAUAAAUAAUUUUCUGGUGUCUCAGAAUCUGCAUCAAAUAAUAAAUGAAUGAAUUUAUUCUGUUUUUUAUGUAACUUUAAUGUUAGUCUCAGGUUUAGAGGUGAUUUUAUAAUAACUUAAUUUCUACUAAACUCUUGUUUGUGUUUAGUUCAGAGACAACAGAUGUCAUUUUGUUACUGUUACCCUGAACAGAUUGAAUUACAAUAUAAAUCUUAAUUUACUGAUAAAACAGCAGAAAAUGAGUUAAUGGUGAAAACUGAAGAUUCUGCUGUUAUUUGAUCAGCUUUAAAUCCAGACAUGGUGGCUGAAGCUGAACAUCAGAGUCUGAUUUAUCCUGAUGGAUGAGAAGCUGGAGAUCCUAAAAUACUGAUUUCACUCAGACAUGAAGCUUCUUUAAAACUGUUUCAUGAACUAAAAGAGGAUUUUCAGUUUUUAUCAGCUCUGAGUUCAGAUGGAGGUUUUAUUUACAGCUGAGAGCUUCAGUGAUGAAGGAGUGAUGAAGAGGAGGCUGAUCUAACUCAGCUUCAUCACUCAGGUUGAGAUCAGCCUGACUGCUAAUAUGACCUGAACUUUAAGUCUUUUAUUUCAUCAUCUAACUUCUGGUUUCAGUAACUUAAUGCAGCCUGUAGAUAAACCAACAUCAGCAGCAGAAACUCGUCUUCUUGUUUCCUGUUUCUGUUUUUCUCCUCAUUGUGGAAAAAGUUUGACCUUUGACCUUCUUCUUCCCAUUGUUGCUUCAGGCUCUGAUGUUUCCAGACUUUUCUUCAUCUGUUGGCUCCUUUAAUCAGCCAUCAGGUUAAAUCAGCUCCUUUUAGCCUCUCAGUUUUCACCAUAACUCCACAUUUAUGGUUAUUUUUAACACCUAAAAGCAGAAAAUCACAUGUUGCAGCUGCUAGCUGAACAUUUCUGAUCAUUUUUUCUGAUCAUAAUUUUAGCAGUGAACCGUUUUUCUCCUCUGUGGUGAAAUGUGUUUAUUGUUGCUGAUAGAGACGAGAAGCCGAUCAGUUCCUCUUCUCUACAUGAUUUAUAUUUAGUGAUUAAAAAACUGUGAAAACUUGA